AUGUCUAGAGGUGAAGAAGCAGGGUGCAGGAACUGCAAGCAAAUUUCUUUCCUGGGACGAUUACAGAGCUAUGAACGAAAAGGGAACUUGGACAUUCGGGACCACCUCAAAAUAUACAUGGGUGCAGACGAUGAAAGACCCCUGAAGGAGACAGGAGAAGAAUACGUGGCAUUGCACUACCCUCAAGCCUACACCAAGGCAUAUUCCUUACCUGAGGGGUACAUCUUGCACAAGAGGAAAUUCACUGAACUCAGGUUAGAAUCACUCAAAAAGGAAAAAGACGUCACCUUGCCCCCGGACCAACUUUCCGUUGCCAUUGUGUUUGAUAGAGUAAAAGGGGCAUUGCAGGGUUUGCCGUCCCUCACAGUCCAGGAUUACGCUUUCGAUGACACCUUGCUCAAGGGCAUGAACGAGAAACUGAAAAACAAAUUCUUCCUGGAGUUUGGAGUGAGUAAAGAUGACAUAAAAUCUGGUGAUCACGACGUCUUCGGAACUGCGGUAUCCGGAUGUAACAUCUUGGGAAUCUUCUUUCAAAUCAAGGCAGUAACAUCCAAGACUAGCCAAAGGGGAAUCUUUAAUUCAAUUCGGAAAGCAACGGAACAAGUCGAGAAAGAUUUCAACAUUUUUCGUACUCUAUGUGGUGAAUUCCUGAAUCCGACCGUAAAGUUAGCUGGAUUCGUAGCUUUACCGAUGCUUUCGAAGAUGGAAUUGCAGAAACUAAUCGAAUGCAGUGACUGCAGGAUGCGAAUCCUCGUGUCUGAAGACGUGGAUCAUCCAGAAAGUUUCAGAACGUUUUUGGCGAGACACAAUAUCGUUUUGGAGAAACCUUUUGACUCGAAUUCUGAGUGCCCAGUCAUGAAGACCUUCAAGGAUAUCUUCGACCUUUAUGUUUCUGCUGCAUCAGCUCUGGACCUCCCACGAAAUCCCCAUCAACUGUACAACACGAGCGAGGAACAAAUGAAAGAGAUGACUGUGCUUCUCACUCCUCAACAAAGGAAACUAGCAAAGAGUGAAUCAAGGGUCAUAUUCCUCGCUGGAGGAAGUGGAACCGGGAAGACCUUCGUCCUCAAGAGAAGAGCCUUGAAAUUGCAGGAGAGAGGUGAAGUCUUGCUGAUAAACGUCGCCGGAGGACUCUUGACUGAAGAGUUUCGAUACGCAUUUGAAGGUAAGGAUGGAAUCACAGUCAUCGAUGGGAGAGAGAAAGAGUUUGAGAAGGACCCGGAGAAGUUCAAGAAUUUUCUCGUGGAGAUGGGGAAAGGGAAACAUGUCCUCGUUGAUGAGAGUAGUAAGGGCGUUUCCCAGACGAUUUCGACGCUCCAUGCAAUCCACUACUAUAUAAAGAGGCCGUUCUUUGUUGAUGGAACCACUCCACAGAAGUUCUGCUAUGGAAUGGGAAGUCCUCACAGCCUCGCAGGAGAUUCGGGGUCCCUGUCCCUGGACUUUUCCAAUACAAUUCCCUGUUUCUUCAAAAACCGCGAAAAGCUAUCCGAGGAGUCCAGAUCUUCCGAAAUAUUCGCCAAAUGUGUUCCUGAAAACAUUGACGUCUCUUUUGAUUCGCCUCAUGCUUAUCUCAUGUCUUUCGACGACUUCGUGCAGUUGCAUCUCCAUGUCAUCUGGCCAUUCACCAAUGGUGAACGAGAGGGGCUGGACACGCUCUUCUUCAAUCAUCUUUGUCCAUAG